AUGGCGACAAUCCAAAUCCUAGACGGAGGCCUUGGCACCUCUCUGGGCGAUCUAUACAACAUCAAAUUCGAUUCCACAACAACCCCACUCUGGGCCUCACACUUGCUAGUGAGCGACCCAGCAACGCUGCAAGCAUGCCAACGCGACUUCGGCGUCGCCGGAGUAGACAUUCUCCUAACAGCAACCUACCAAGUCUCCACUGAGGGCUUUGCCCGUACCAAAACCACCCGAUUCCCAGACGGGAUCCCACGCAGUGCAGUAGGACCCUUCCUACAGAAAGCCGUGGACAUCGCCGAGCAAGCGAAAGUGCGCGAGAGCGCCAGCGUCGCGCUCAGUCUUGGCCCGUACGGUGCGUGCAUGAUCCCAGGCCAGGAGUAUAGCGGUGCAUACGACUCCGAGCAUGACUCUGAGGAGUCAUUGUAUUUGUGGCACUUGGAUCGGCUGAAGAUGUUUGCCGAGGCCGAUGGAGAGCUUGUGUCGCGCGUGCGGUAUGUUGCGUUUGAGACGCUGCCGCGGCUUGAUGAGGUUCGCGCUGUGAGGAGGGCGAUUCGGGAUUCUGCGUUCGAUGUGCCGUUUUGGAUUGCUUGUGUUUUCCCGCGCGAUGAUGACCUCCUGCCUGAUGGGAGCUCCGUGGAGGAGGUUGUGCGGGCUGCUGUUGCCCCUAUGGAUGGUGGGGCUGUUCCCUGGGGAAUUGGGAUCAAUUGUACUAAGAUGCAUAAGCUUGCUGGGCUUGUUGAUUUGUUUGGUCGCGCUGUUGCGGAGGGGCAGUUAUCUGCUGUGCCGAGUUUGGUUCUGUAUCCCGAUGGAACGAAUGGGGAGGUGUACAAUACAACGACGCAGGUUUGGGAGAAACCUGAUGGUUUGAGUGAUAAUGUGAGUGCAAGCCGACCUUGGGAGGAGCAGUUGGCCCAGGUGGUCAAUGAAGCCUAUGAAAAGGGCCAUUUCAGUUCGUUCCUUGUGGGUGGGUGUUGCAAAGCUUCUCACCACGAUAUCAAGAAACUUGGACAGCAAUUCAAGACUCAAUAG